AUGGCCAUGCUCACGUUGGCAGGUCUUCUAUUCCCGGCCCUUUCAGCAGCCCAAGGAGACUACCAGAAAUUCCUGAGCCAGUAUGCCGCGCCAUACCAAGGCUACAUGCGGGGAGGUGGCGACAACCAGGGCAGUCCAGAUUACCAGAUGUACUACCAGAAGUACAUGAAGUAUGGUGCAGGUGCGGGCGGCGGCUUUGAGAACUUUGUGUCGAAAUAUGCCGGUAACUAUGCCAGCAAGUAUGUGCCAUCUUCGGACGUGAACAUGCAGAAGUCCGGGCCUGUCGGCCAGCCUGUCAGCUUUGCUGCAGUGAAUGAUGUUGCUGAGGGGAGUUCCAGCUCCAGCUCUCAAGGGGGAAAGGAGGAACCGGGCUCUCAGGCAGACGGAUUCCAGAAUUUCAUGGAUUUCUCCAAGUACACCCAGAAGUACGGACCACAGGGUGGAGACAGUGGCAAUUAUCAAAAGUACUUUUCCCAGUACAUGAAGCAAGGGCAGGGCUCGAAGGGAAGCGGCUACGAACAGUAUGCUGACUUUGCAAAUUAUUUGCAGAAUGGUGAAAUGACGGGUGGCAGUGGCAAGGGCUACAUGGAAUCUUAUGCCAGCAAGUUCAUGAACGGUCAAGGCGCUGGUGGGCGAGGAUACGAGCAAUUUGCCGAUUUCUCCAAGUACAUGCAGCAGCACAGCUCGCAGUCUAGCAAUUUCAAGGAUUACAUGGAGUCAUAUGCUGGUGAGUACAAGGGUUUCAUGAAGCGCGCAGGGGCCGGGGCCGGCGCCGCAGACGCCGCGCAGCGUAGCAGUCCCAUGCUGCUGUCUGCGGCAGGGGGGAGUUCGGGUUCCCAGCCGAAGGAGCAGCCGCAAUCCGAGCAGGCUGAGGAGGAACAGCGUGAGCGCCAAGAGCGCCAGGAAGAGAAGCAACGCUUGCAGGAUGAGCUGCAGUCCGAAAGGGCAAGUCUCCAUGCAGAGCUUGCUGCGGAACAAGCCAGGCUGAGGGAGGAGCUCGCUGCUGAAGCCAAGCAGGAAGCAGCGGCAAAGGCUGCCCAGACACAGAAAGGCAGGCAUACAGCCAGCCCAGCGCUGUUGGUAGCCGGCCAGGAUAACUCAGAGCAGGAGAGCACUGAGAGCACUGAGCGCAAGGAGGAGAAGCAGCGCCUUGCAAGCGAACUUGCUUCUGAACGUGCCCACCUGCGUCAAGAGCUGGCUGCAGAGAAGGAACACUUGCGCCAAGAGCUGGCAGCCGAAGCCAAGCAGUCCGAGCAGGCUUCCAAGCCUAGUGCAGGUGGACCGGCCUCUAUGCUGGCCAUGCCGGGCAGGAGCAUGCCCUUGCUCCUUGGAGGUAGCGCCCUUGCAGCCGUUCUUGUCACGCUUGCGGCAGGUGCCACGAGGCUCUGGCGUCAGCGUUGUGUACUAGUGCAAGAAGCCGAAGACUACCUGAUCUAUGUGGAGGCGCCCCUUGAGCUCGCCUGA